UAUACUGUCUCAUUUUCCCGACUGUGUCCCAGACAUCUCUCGAUCAUCCCUUCCCCACAUCAAAAAUAAACAUGUCUCAACAUCAGGCCAAGGAAUCCCUGGGAUCUAUUGAAAACCUCAUCCAUGCUAUAGCUGGUAUUCAGCACGUUGAAGAACCAUACUACCAGAAGGUCAUUGAUUACAAGAUGCUGGCCUCGGAAGUCCCACCUGUGGAGAAGCUUGCUAAUGACGCAAAGGCAAAGACUGAAAUCUGGCAGAUCACUAGAGGUGAUUUGGAUAAGUGGUCUUUGGCCUGGGCUAUGGCCAAAAUUACUUGCGAUUUGGAAAGACAAAAGGAGGCAGCUGAUAAGGGUCUCCAAAAGGCUCGCGGUUUGGAAGCUGAAGCUAAGGAGAAGGUGGACGUUAUCAAUGAAAAACUUUCAGAUAUUGAGAAAGACAACGAGAAGAAUGCUAUUGACCACCGUACGCUGUUGAGAUACCGAGAAGAGCUUGAGUCUCUUUUCGAACCGAUCUUUGUUGGACAAAAGUUCCCCACUGACGAAGAUUUCCAACUUCGAUUGACUGAACUCAAAGAGGAGAAGGAUGCCUGUGAUAAGGAGAUUGAAGUUACUGCUCGCGUCCUCGAGCUUUUGCAAGAGGUCGAUACUGCCCUUAUGGAAGGCAUUAUCGACUUGACUUCAUCUAAAAAGGAGACUGGCAGUGGUAGAAUCUUUUUCCCUGAUGCCGCAUUCAAUGCUCUGAAAGAGGCUCGUGUGCUUUUGCCUUCUCUCCCCAGCAUCACCCCUCCGGAUACAUUCACCGAAACUGCCGAUAACACUGGUGCCUAUUAUUCACCUAUGCAACGCUAUUUGUGGGAAGUCAAGGACAAGGUUGCCGAUUUGAUACCGUGGUGCCAAACCCGAACACUGGAUAAUGCUAGAAAAGUCAUCCAACUAGAAUUGCAGAUUGGUCAGAAGACUGACGAACGAAAUCUCGAGAGAAGACGGUUAUUGAAAAACGUUAUCCUCAGCGCGUAAGCGGGUGUCUGGUACAAAACUACUUACUGUUUAAAUUCGUUUUGUCCUCAUUUCGUAUAUUAUCUAUUGUUAUUUGUUUUCUUUACCUCAUCAUGUUGUACGAUCAUUUUUUAGCAAAAAUAAAUGCUGUAACAGUACUUGGAACAGUACUCUUAAUAAACGUGAUAAUGGCUCAAGGCAGCGCC